AAUAGAGAAGAAUCUUGGGAUUAGAAUCUCAGAUCUGGGGUGGGCCGUAAAGAUAAUCUCAUUGCCAGAGAACGUGAAGUUCAGAGUCAACCAGUGACUGACUGAAGGGCGUGCAAAAUGGCAGCAGAACCCGAGCUGCAGGGACCCCAACAUUCCCGACUCUAAGUUCAGUUCUUUAUUUCCUGAAAUGUCAGAGAGAGCAGCUCUGGUGAGACUAGGGAAAAUGGAGGCGUGGCCCCGGCACUCAGGAAAUUCUCAAAUGAAAGAACUGGGGUCCAGAGGAGAGGUUGAACAAGAAAGAAGUGAGGCGGGAGGGCAGAGAAGGGAAGGAAGAGAAAUGGAAAUCAGGAUGUGCACGUCGAACUCGCCAAGCACAUUGUCUCCUCGGAGCCCUAGCUCUUGCUGUACCCUUUACCUGGGAUGCUCACUCAGAAGUCUACACCAGCUCAAGUUUCUGCUCGGAGAAAACUACUCUGACACCCCCAGGUGGUCAUCAUUCCGUCGUCUCUUUGUUGUUUUUAUUUAAUAUGAAAGCACUUAUUACCACCUGACGUAUGACUCCAGGGAUUCUUAACCUGGGGUGUGAUUCAUGAAUGGGCUCAAGGAAGUCUGUGAACCUCCUGAAAUGUUAAGUAAAAUUUAGCGGUCCCAACAAGGGGGAGGUACAUGGAAGGCUGGAGGAGGAAACAAGAUCUUGAGCUGAGCAAGAACAUCCCAGCAUCUUCAUUGACUUUUAACAUAUAGUCUGGAGUCUUCUGUGGUUCACUCUUCCAGUGCUACAGAGAUCCCUUAUAUUUCAUGGCAGGAGGGGUGGGUAAAUUUAGGGAUAGUGAAGACAACAACAAAUUAAUCACGAGCUUUCCUCGUAUCUCAGAACCUGUCCUCAGUAAGAAUGUCAGAAAGGGUUGACUGGUUACAAAGCCAAAAUGGAGUAUGCAAAGUUGAUGUCUAUUCACCUGGAGACAGCCAGCCCCAGGACUGGAAAAUGUCGGAUGAAUCCUUGUCUAUUUUUAAGGAAGCCUCAACUGAUCCUAUCAGAGUGCUCAGCUGGCUCCGCAGAGACCUGGAAAAAAGUACAGCAGGAUUCCAAGAUGUUAAGUUCAAACCUGGAGAAUCCUCCUUAGGUGGGGAAAUGAGUGACUUAGGAGACCCCUGCAAGGGUUUCUCUGUGGACUAUUACAAUGCCACCAACAAGGGCAGUCCAGGAAGGUUGCAUUUUGAGAUGACUCACAGAGAGAAUCCCAUCCAGGGCCCCAGUGUCCAACUUGGUAAUGGGAGUUCAGUAGAUGAAGUUUCUUUCUAUGCUAAUCGCCUCACAAAUCUAGUCAUAGCCAUGGCCCGCAAGGAGAUCAAUGAGAGGAUAGAUGGUUCUGAAAACAAAUGUGUCCAUCAGUCAUUAUACGUGGGAGAUGAACCCGCGCCCAACAAAAGCUUGAGUACGGUGGCAUCAGAACUGGUGAAUGAGACUGUCUCUGCAUGUUCCAAGAAUGCUACCUCAGAUAAGGCUCCAGGCUCUGGUGACAGAGCCUCAGGAUUAUUACAGAGUCCCCCAAAUUUGAAAUAUAAGACCACUCUGAAGAUCAAGGAGAACACCAAGGAAAGCAAGGGUGCAGAUGAUAAGCCUCCUUCUAGAAAGUCUUUCUUCUACAAGGAGGUGUUUGAAUCUCGUAAUGCAGGUGAUGCCAAAGAGGGUGGAAGGUCCUUACCUGGGGAGAGAAAGAUGUUCAGAGGACAAGAAAGGCCUAAUGACUUUACAGCUUCCGUUAGUCAAGGGAUCAUGACCUAUGCUAAUAGUGUGGUAUCCGAUAUGAUGGUGUCCAUCAUGAAGACACUGAGGAUCCAUGUGAAGGACACAACCAUUGCCACCAUUCUGCUAAAGAAGGUACUGCUCAAGCACGCAAAAGAGGUUGUCUCAGAUCUUAUUGACUCCUUCAUGAAGAACCUCCACAAUGUCACAGGGACCCUCAUGACUGAUACAGACUUUGUCUCAGCUGUAAAAAGAAGUCUGUUCUCUCACGGAAGCCAGAAGGCCACAGAUAUCAUGGAUGCCAUGCUUGGUAAGCUAUACACUGUAAUGUUUGCAAAGAAACCUCCUGAAAAUGUCAGGAAAACUAAGGACAGGUCUGAGAGUUACUCCCUUGUCUCCAUGAAAGGAAUGGGUGACCCUAAAAACCAAAAUGCAAACUUUGCAGCCAUGAAAUCUGAAGGUAAAUUGAGGGAAAAAGUGUACUGUCCUGCAUCCAAACCUGAGGAGAAGUCUUGUGUUGAAACUCUGGGUGAACACAUUAUCAAAGAAGGAUUGACACUUUGGCAUAAAAGUCAGCAAAAAGAAGGAAGAUCUCCAGGUUUCCAAAGGGCAACAUUUGCAGCUCCCAACAAACAGUACAAGCCUGUACCAGACAUUCCUCUGGACUAUCCUUUGGAUACUUCCAACCUCAGCCCCCCUGUGCAUCACCAAGAGAAACCUGAGAAUUUUAUGUGUGAUUCAGACUCCUGGGCCAAGGACCUGAUCGUAUCUGCCUUACUUCUGAUUCAAUACCACCUGGCCCAGGGAGGAAGCAUGGAUGCACAGAGCUUCAUUGAAGCAGCUGGCAGUACCAACUUGCCUGCCAGCAAGUCCCCUGUAGUUUCUGAUGAGUCCAGCCCCAAGUCUCCUCAAACAGGAGGUGACCAAGAGGAAGCAGAAAAGAAGGAUCUGAUGAGUGUUUUCUUUAACUUCAUCCGGAAUUUACUUGGUGAGACCAUUUUCAAGAGUGACCGUAGCUCUGAACCCAAGGUGCCAGAAAAGCCAAUUAAGGGAGAAUGUAGCCACCAGAGUGAAAGACCUGUAACCCCUUCUCCCAUCAAAUUAAGUGAAGGUGAUGAGGCUGGUGGUCCCUUUGCUGGGCUGACCAAGAUGGUUGCUAGCCAGCUAGAUGGCCACAUGAAUGGGCAAAUGCUAGAACAUCUGAUGGACUCAGUGAUGAAGUUAUGUCUCAUUAUUGCCAAAUCCUUUGACUCUCCCUUGGCAGAGCUGGGGGAUGAUAAGUCUGGGGAUGCAAGCAGGCCAACUUCAGCCUUCCCCGAUAGUUUAUAUGAGUGCUUACCAGUCAAGGGCACAGGGACAGCAGAGACUGUCCUGCAGAAUGCCUAUCAAGCUAUCCAUAACGAGUUGAGAGGUAUGUCAGGACAGCCCCCGGAAGGGUAUGCAGCACCCAAAGUGAUUGUCAGCAAUCAGAGCCUAAGUGAUACCGUUCAGAACAAGCAACUCCAAGCUGUACUUCAGUGGGUCGCCGCCUCUGAACUCAAUGUCCCUAUUUUGUACUUUGCUGGUGAUGACGAAGGAAUCCAGGAGAAGCUACUUCAGCUCUCGGCUGCUGCUGUGGACAAAGGACGCAGCGUAGGUGAGGUCCUGCAGUCAGUGCUGCGCUAUGAGAAGGAGCGACAGCUGGAUGAGGCGGUGGGAAAUGUUACUCGACUGCAGCUGCUGGACUGGCUGAUGGUGAAUCUGUAAUCGGCGCCCACCUACUGCUUUCCCCCUCCCCCUCCCUUAGUACCUCCACAGCUCCGCUCUCCAUAUCCUUACAGAGCCCUAACAUUAUCUUCAUACCACUCACAUCAAAGACAUGUCAUCUUAUGCUAGCCACUGGAUUUUGCAGAUUUUCCUGUCCAUGCAAGCAAGGACACAAGAUUAAAAAAAUUACAAUUAAAGGGCUCCCAGUGUUUGGUUUCCUUGGGAUCCAAUGGGACAAUGAGGUAAAGAAACUUCAGGGAUUAAAAAAUUAUCAGAUGGAUAGCAGAAGAAAAAUAAUGCUGUCCUGAGAGGCCCUGGCUAAGGUCAUUCAUCCUAUUUCUAGGUAUCUGAUCUAGUCCACAACUUGAAGAUCCCCUGCCUUAAAGUGUUCCUAAGAAUAAGCAGUUACAAUUUAUUUUAUAACCAUGUAAAUCACAGCAUAUUCUCUCUUCAGCCUAAAUCAUUCUAAUUAUGAUAUUGAGGACAUGGCUACUUCUCCUGUCUCUGUAGAGUUGCAGAACACUUGUCUCCCUCUACUUUAUCCAUGGUUGAACAUAGCUAGUGUCAAAAAAGAUCCAGAAGAUCUGAGUUCUAUUGCCAAUUCUGUACUUUUCUGGCUCUAGGACCUGGGACAGGUCCUAGGAAGUCACCUGUUAUGACACUUCUCCCAUUUAAUAUCCAUAUCACCCCACUUAAGAGGGCGUUUUCUAUUCUUAUCCUGACCUUUCUGUGGAGUUUUAUAUUUUUUAUCUUUCUAGAAACUUUCUCCUUUGGUUUCUAAUUUUUGGGUUGUUUUGUUUUGUUUUACAUCUCUUGGGGAUUCUAGUUAACUCCGUCACCCCCAGCAUAUUUAUCUUUCCUACUUUCUUUUGACCCUUUGCUAUUCUCAUUCUGUUUUACCUCUCCUGGGUGAUCUUAUCCAAACCCACUGCUUCAAUUAUCUGGUGUCCCUCCUUCAUGAAAUAUUACACAGUAAUUAAAAUAAAAACUAGAAAGCCAGGUAUAUUUUCCAUGUUGUUUAUGAG